AUGCAAACUUACGUGGCAAACAGAACCUCUGCCAUGCUGGAAUAUUUGCCCCGCAGUUGCUGGAAUCACGUCAUCAGUAAUGACAACCCAACAGAUCUCGCAUCCCGCGGUCUCUCACCGCCCGAACUUGUUGGAAAUCCAUCGUGGUCCAUGGGAAUACCGUGGUUGAAGGCCGAUCAAUGCAAGUGGAAGCUGUGUCCUGCUCCAGACGUUCAAGACGAUGAUCUGUUGGAAUCCAGACCUGUAAGAUCGCACCAUCUGGUAGCGACAUCGAUACAUUCCAUCUAUGGAAUUGAAUUGCAGCUUUUGAAAAGUCGUUCCAGUUUUUCGUUGAUCAUCCGCACAUUGGCCUGGGUCAAUCGGUUCAUCUACAACCUCCGAUCGAUAGUAGCGGAUCGCCGAAGUGGGGAGUUGGUCCCAAUAGAACUGCGUCAUGCUAAAUCACAGUUAAUUCGAGCUGUUCAGUACACAGUAUAUGCACCAGAGUUGGAGUUACUGCGGAAGCGCAAAUCGUUGCGUUUCAAAAGCAUUAUGCACUUGGGUGGCCGUCUUCAGAGCUCUUCUCUUGCAAACGAUAUGAAGCAUCCGAUAAUAUUGCCACAUAAUCACGAAGCAACUGUGCUACUUGUGCGUGAAUUACACUUGCGUAAUUUUCACGUAGGACCGUCACUGCUAACAGCCACCAUUUAUCAGCAAUACUGGAAAGUAGGAUAUCAGACGGUAGUACGUAAGGUGGUACAGGGCUGUACAAGAUGUGUGCGUCUCAAAGGGAAAACAGCUAGCCAGUUGAUGGGCAGCCUACCACCAGCGAGGGUGUUAGCUACAAGAGCGUUCUCAUAUGUCGGCGUGGAUUACGCUGGCCCUGUUAAGCUGGAGGCAGCGUCUGUGCGAGGAGUGGAAAUCACCAAGGGAUACCUCGUGGUGUUUGUAUGCCUAUCAACCCGAGCAGUGCACGAUUUAUUUCUCGCCGUGGUUACCCUGUCGAAAUUCAGUCGGACAACGGAACCAACUUCGUUGGUGCCGACCGGAUCAACUGGGAUCUUUAACCCCCCGUCAGCACUGCACAUGCGCGGCAUCUGGGAGGCCGCCGUGCGAAGCGUCAAGAAGCAUCUGAUAGCUGAGCUUGGGGAGUCGGCAAUCACGUUUGAGUAUUUGUCAACCCUGUUGUGCCAAAUUCAGUCGUGUCUUAACUCGCGACCUUUGUGUCGCUUGUCCAGCGAUCCCGACAGUGCCGAAACCUUAACUACGGCUCAUUUUUUGAUAGGACAAUCCAUGAAUCUGAUUUCUGAGCUCGGUACGAACCGGCAAACCAUCUAG